AUGAGUCAGCUCUUCUCCGACAUAUUUAAGGAUGAAGACAUAUGCUCCAGCUUCAUUGGAUAUUUUAAGACGAAUAAAGCUGAAAACGGAAUCAUUUCUCAGAAAACUAUCACUUCAAUUAAGUUACAUCUGGCACAAGGAAACAUUCAGAAGGCAAGUGCUGUAAUUACUGAUGCAUUAAGAGAAAUUAGCAGGACCCCACUCAAUAUUGCUGUAAUAGGAGAGUCUGGAACUGGGAAGUCCAGUUUCAUCAAUGCCUUCAGGGGGGUUGGUCAUGAAGAGGAAGAAUCAGCUCCAAUUGGGGUGGUGGAGACAACCAUGAGGAGAACUCCAUACAGACACCCCAACAUUCCAGAUGUGGUUAUAUGGGACCUGCCUGGGAUUGGAACAACAAAUUUCCCACCCAAAGAUUAUCUGAAGAAAAUGAAAUUCAAUGAGUAUGACUUCUUCAUUAUUGUUUCUGCCACACACUUUAGGAAAAAUGAUAUAGACCUCGCCAAAGCGGUCAGCAUGAUGAAGAAGGAUUUCUACUUCAUGAGAACCAAGGUGGACAGAGAUUUAGAAUUUGAGAAAGGAUGCAAACAUACCUUUAACAGAGUAAAGUUACUGCAGCAUAUCCGAAGCUACUAUGAGAAUAACUUUAAGGAAAUCAACCUUGAUGUACCACCGAUCUUCUUGAUCUCUAACAAAAAUUUAUCUGACUAUGAUUUCCCAAUCCUGAAAGACUUGCUGAAAAACAAACUUUCUACUCACACACUUCAAAACUUUAUGAAUUCCUUACCGAAUAUUACUGAGGCAGCCAUUGACAGAAAGCACAAGGCUAUGCAGCAGACGAAUUGGUUGGAGGCUGUCAAGCCUGGAACUUUGGCUACUGUUCCUGUAGAGGGCAUCCUCAAGGACAAGGAUGCGGAGAGGCUGAAGGCAAGUUUAAACCACUUUCGAGUCCUCUUUGGAGUGGAUGAUGAAUCCCUGGAAUUCAUAGCAAAGGCUUCCCAAGUGCCUGUUGCACAACUGAAAGAAAUCAUUAAAUCUCCUUAUUUGUUAGAAACUAAGAAAGAAAAAACAUUUGGAGAAAAAUUUUUGAAAUAUUUAGAGAAAUUUGCCUCAGCUAAAGGUGGGUCCCUUGCUACAGGUCUUUACUUUAGGAAAACUUUUUACUUUCAACUUUUUUUCCUUGACACAGUAACUGAAGAUGCCAAAGUUCUUCUUAGAGAGACAUAUUUAAGAAACUAG